AUGAACGAUCACACUGCAAACGUGUUCGACGCGCGCAGGAUGUUAUACUCACAGCAAGUACAGUCAGCGGAGCUGCUAAUACACGCUGUGUCAACGAACGAGUUGCUGAAACCCAAAGACGAACCACCGUUCAGUCUGACGUCCAGCUUAUGUCCAGUAUCUUUACAGCAUCCAGGAUCUUCGCCGUAUGAGAGCAGGCUCUCCUUGCAAGACAAUGGGGCGGAAACGUCUAAUCUUGUGAAGAGUGAUGAGGAGCUAUCAAGGGUCUAUCAGACCCUAUCACAACAACCUCAGACAAGAGAAGAAGCUACGACUUCCAGCAGCAAUACUAAAAAUGAGCCUAAACCAUCAACCCCAACUAGUACGGGAAGCUCGGAGAUGAAUCCUCAGUCAACGACACCAACGUCCCAGGCUCUCACAAAGCCGCCGUUUUCAUACGUGGCGCUAAUCACCAUGGCGAUACAAAACAGCCAAACCAAAAGAGCUACGUUAAGCGAAAUUUACGCUUAUAUUACCAAAGAAUUUCCUUUCUUCGAAAAGAACAAGAAAGGUUGGCAGAAUUCUAUAAGACAUAAUUUGAGUCUGAACGAAUGCUUUAUCAAAGUGCCGAGGGAAGGCGGUGGCGAAAGGAAGGGCAACUACUGGACAUUGGACCCACAAUGCGGGGAUAUGUUCGAGAAUGGUAACUUCAGGAGGCGGCGUCGUAUGAAGCGGCCUUUCCGGGCUGCGCCUUAUCCCAAGACUCUGUUUGGGGAUGGUUACCAUAUGGGUCAUGUGCAGCAUCCGCACGUCCAGUCUAUCCCGUUAGGGGCUAGAAGCUACUUCGGAGCUUCUUCUCCUUACCCGCCGUCGUAUCCGCGGUAUGAUACUUCAUGGCUGACACAGUCCACUAGUGGGCUUGGGUAUACCGGCGGAUGCACUAUGGGUCGAAGUCCUCCGGGAUGUUCGCCUCACGCCGCUCUGCCGCAUCAAACAUCUCCAGUCAAUCCAUUCGCAACACAUCAGCUACAGGGGCAACUUCAAAGCCCGCUACAGUCGAUGCAGCCUAUGUCCAUGAACACCUACAACAUCAACGUUCCCAAUUUAGAUGGUUCGUCCAGUCCAAGCUCUGGAUACGCAGCCACAGGUGGUUUUUCACCAGGACGUCAUCACGACAUCGUGUCGUCAUCUGAUGCGGCUGUCUCGCGGUUUUCUUUCUGGCCCGAAGGCGGUUCUCCAAGCCCUAGCGCGGGCUUUGUGCCCACCAGCAGCUAUUCACCACCACGACGACACGAUGCUGUUACAUCGUCUGAUGCAACUGGAAGAUUUUCAUUCUGGCCUGAAGUUGGUGUGAAAGAGGAGUCGUCGUCCAGCAUCUUGUCAAAUGCAACAUCAUAUUCAAAGUGUUUCAUG